AUGCGAUGCAACUUCUCCAUAAGGAACGGCCAAUUGCACGGCAAAAGUGUUCCCUAUAGAGAGUUCAUCCAAGAAAGGUUCUGUAAUAGCGCGGAGGCGGAGCCAAAUCGUUUGCGGCACUCAUUGCAAUGUAUGUGUCGGCCGGGCGUGGGAUGCGUUGCGACCGCUGGCAUAAGCUUCUCAUAA